UUUUACUGUUUCACCUUCCUCCCAACCUCUUGGAGCUGUUUCCAUUUUCAUGGGACUGUCCCCUCCCUCCUUGUGCCGCGCCCCUCCCCCGGUUUUUAUCCUGAGGUGAGAACACAGUGUGCACAUCUGGAGGUGAUCCUGACUGCAAAGGAGUAGCCUGUGGGAAGGGCUACGAGGUUAAAGAUGCACUGCACUCUGUAUGUAUAUACCUAAGUGUGCAUGUGUACCCUGAGGGUGUCAUGUGAGCCUGACUCCCAAAUGCUCCUGAUUACAAACAGCUGGCGGGCUGCAACCUCAACCAAUCGGACGAGCUGUUGACUGUGACAUCAGAUGGAAGAAAGGAGGUGCAGGAUAUUUUAGAUGGUUUUUACCUUAUGUAUUAAAGCAGGGAUCAGCAACAUAAGCCAUUAAACUGUGUUGGAUCCCCUACACUGCUUUGAAUGUUGCAAAAAAACAACAACAAACAAACAUUAUUUUUGCACUAUGUAAUCUCAGCUUGUCUGUUUACAUUGAUUAUUAUCAUGUGGGUCCGGUCAUUAUGGCCUAUGGCCAGCACCUAGCCAAUCAGCUGAGGACGGACCCUGGCCCUAAUGUCUCUGUUUUAAGACUAAUGCAUUCAAAGAAAUCCUUUGUGCUCAUGUGAAGGUCCUGUGGUUUUUUGUGAAGGAGAGCUGAAGAGCCAACAUGAGCUGGAAUGCAGACUGGAAUGCCCUUUUUUCAGUGGGACUGCCACAAAAUGCUAAAUGAUUAUCAGUGAUUGGGGGGGCAUUAAUGAUGUUUUAAUAGUUUGCAUUGUCAUUAAUUUACCAUGGAGCUGAGCUGAGAUUGUGUGCAUGAGCCUGUGCAGUAGGACUUUUUUACAGCAGAAAAAGUCCUUGCAGGAAAAGCACAGGUGUAACUAAUAAAAGAUUUUUGGGGGCAGCAGUAUCACCUUUUAAGUUGGCCAACUUGUUAGUGCACACUAUUUACACCUACAGCAACAAAGAGCAAAAUGUAGCAUUCAUUUGAAGUUUGUGUCCACUUGGCGAAUGUGAGUAUUGAAUGUGAAUAUUUUCUCUCCUUUUAGUUAUGUUUUGGGCUCCACUCCAGCUACUUAAUGCUCCACAAUGUUGACCAGCAAGUUGCUAACAUUUUUGUCUGUCAUUUGGUGCUGCUUGCUGCAACCAAAAACUGCAGAGCUGUGAGAUUGAACCAAAACAGUCAAACUGGGUCAUACGACCAAAAUAAAGAGUUAAAACACAGUAUAAACCUCUGAAGAGCUGAAGGAAACUGUGGUCAGGUCAUAAUUCUCUGUGGGUUCACUACGAGUGACCUCUAUACAUAGUCAUUUGAUCCAUUGUUAUAAAAAUCUGUUACAUUUUGGUGUACCACUAAGCCCUGAAAGUGACACACCUGAAUGAAAUAUGGCCAUAAUUAAUGUUUUGAACACUUGAAUAGAACAGAGCCAUCGUUAAUGUUAUUAGUAACACCUGUGCUUUUCCUACAAGUCCAAAUGUGUGCUGCACUAAAGGAUUUUUCCUCAUAAUGCUCAUUAAAGAGUGACCUGAAGGUGGCAGUGUGUCGGAGCGGUGUUGAAGUGGGAGAUGAACCAUGGAGGGCUGCAGGAGGCCAGUCACUAGCCGAGCCAGCGGUCGUGCAACCAGCAGCAGCAGCAGGAGAAGCAGUAGCCCAGAGAGGCCCCACAGCAUGCAGCUGCGCCCUCACUAGCACCCAAGUGGAUCCAGUCCUUUCCUCUUCACCUGGGGCCAGGGCUGCAGAAUGCUCAGUCCUGUCACCCCAUACAGUCUGUUGAAGAUGCACUGGUCUCCGGAGCACACCGCCCCCUUAUCUCAGUGGCCUGAGCAGCACCUAGAUGUCACCUCUACAACCUCACCCCCGACUGCCCACAAACACGACCCCUAUGCUACAGCUGCUCGCCGCGGCUAUGCCCCUGCAGGUUACCCUUGGGCCAGUGAUGACAUAUCAGCCCUUACUGCUUCUUCUCUGCUCAAACGCUAUGCUGAGAAGUACUCAGGCCUGGAGCUGUCCUAUGAACGCCCCGCUACAGGGGCCUACGCAGAGCCUGGAACUUUCCUAAAAACUGAAGCUGAGCCCUGGGCUCUGAGUCAGGGCAUAGAGUGUUAUCCUGGACUGGAAGCAUUAACUGGCACCAAAGUGGGCUCUGCAUCUGUGGGCAUCCCAGCUACAGGAAGUGUGACAGUAGUGAGCAGUAACUUGGCCUCUGAUCCAGGCUACAGUGGUGCCGGCUCCUGCAGUGCCCCGUCAUCUCAGGAAUAUCCUCCUGCCUACAACAGCACCUACCUGUCCUCAGGAUACUGCCCUCAGCCCGGCACAGCACUUCCCCCUGCCCCUCUACACUCUUUGCAGGCUGGACCCACUCUAGUGCCCAGCUAUAGCGCCAGCACUCCUGUCUACAACUACCCUCCAGGGUGCUACCCUCAAACCAGCUUGUCCUCUGGAUAUAGCCACCCCAGUGCCUCCUACCUACCAUCUGGGAUUAGUGCCCCUACUCCUCUGGCCCCUAGGCCCACUAUGGUGGGGGGAGGUUACAGCUACCCAUCUCACAGCCUGGGAGGGAGCUCCGAGGCAGGGGCGCCACUGAAACGCAAGGCCUUUGAGAUGGCAGAGGAAGGACAAGAGGGAGUCGAGGUGGAGGGAUCACGCUACAGAAAGUAUGGCAACGGCCAUGGAAACUGUCACAGCAAAAGUCAUGGCAACGGGCACGGCAAUGGCUACGAUAUGAGUGGCUCAGCCUCAGACCCACAGGCCUACAAACCUGGAAAGCCCCUGAUGUCGCCCCCUUAUGGCGGAACAGGGGACUACAGCCCACCAUCAGGCCUAGCGGGAGAAAGCGGGGAGCACAACUUUCCUCAGCAGCAGAGAAUGUCUAUGAAGAUACCUGCAUCGCACACACGAUCUGAGGACCCCACUGGAGGGCGCUGACAGCCCUGGUCGGCUUUUGAGAAGGUUCCCUCACUCUCCAAAACCAGCCAGGGUUCUUAAUGCAGAUAAACUUGGGAAUUAACAUUGGAUUUGUCAAUGAAAGGUUUAAUAUCACUAGCAAACACAAGAGGGCACAAGUGGAAUUUCUUGAGCAUCUGUAACAUUUUCAUUAUUCAUGUUUUUCCAAAGAUUCACAGGGGUGUUUUGCCCUGUAAGGUUGAGGUAAGUCUUAGGAGUGAGGUUAAGGCAUUCUCUACAUAGAUAGCGUUAAGACAGUCUAAAUGUAUGAGUGUCUGUUUCUCUCAGGAUCCUAUUUAUUUCCUUUCUGCUGUGGCAGCAGCACUGCAAUGUUGCUGUUUUAGAAGUUGGUGUAAUUAUUUGUGGCCACUAUGUAUGUAAAAGGCCUUUGACUGCAAUAUAUUCUACCACACCACAAAAAUCAUUUUCUGACCAAAAAGUAAGGAGAGCAAUAACUAAAAUGGUAAGAUUGCCAUACUACUUCAGCACAAUCACUGCUACUUUACACAGCUGAUUCAAGGCUUGCUGUGCCACUCGGCCUUGAGAAAUGAAUGUUUCCCUGCUCACCCCUUGCUUUCCCCCUAUCUUUACUUAUUCUCGACUUUAUUCAGUUAAACCCCUUUUUUCUCUUGUUCUGUAUCUAAUUUCUAUCCUGGAGACCUGCCUCUUGUUCUCAACCUUUUUUUCAAUGCUGAGCUACUUAUGAUUGUGUCCAGUUUAUACAUACAAAGCUGCUUAUCAAAUGAUUACAUAGUAUACAUGAAGCCGCCCUUUAAAUAGUUUUGAUGUAAAGAAAGAGUGGGGAAAUAAUCUAAGAUUUUAUGUUCAUUUUAAAAAUUUAUUUAGCAUUCACAAAGUGACAGUAUACAUAGUGCAUAGUAUAUGCAGAUCAUCUUCAAAGCGUGUUGUUUACAUGCAGAUUUUCAACUGCUAAUCCUACAACUAACAGGUGUAUUUUCUAAAGAAUCUGAGAAUAAUGUAAUAUUUGGUCUAGCUUAUGCCUUGUCAAAAAACAGACAACCAUUCUAAAGUCUGUAUACAGCUAAAUUUCACUCUGAGCAAACAGUUCAAAGGGACGUAAACCUGUUUGUUGCCUGCAUUUAGAUGCACAGCCCAGACUGAGAAGAAUACAGGUUGCAGUAAGGACAUACUGUAUGAGUCUGAGCGAGUGCCUCUGAACAUUUCUGCUCAACAUUACAUUCUUUAUGAAGAUCUACCUGCUUGUCUGCUAGGAUUUACUUUUUACUUUUUGAUAUGCAUUCUCUUUACUUUUGCCUCUCAAAAGGAUGAUUUAUAGUCGUGUUAUUGAAUACUCAGGAAGAAUAUUGUUACCUCAGAAUGAUAAAAUAAGAAUGUAUGUUAUUACCUUAGGGUGUUUGUAGGGAGCUUUAUGGAGCAAGAUGAAAACGGAGCCGUGGCUUUGUUUAAGCGCGAAAUAUACUCUGAACACUUCAGGGAAACGAUGAACUUACAAGGCCUUUGAUACUAACAGUGAAAACACACAUACACACACAUGCAUGCGCACACACACACACACACACACACACACACACACACACACACACACACACACACACACACACACACACACACAAUCCACACUGCUUCUUAGCUCUGGGAAAUUAAACUUGAGGUUUUUGUACCAAGGCCUGAAAUGUUGAAUGUAAUUCAGAUAUUUUUUUUAAAAGGACAAUACAUGCCAUAAUGUACAUCAAUGAUGUUUUUAGAUAUAUGAAACAUAUUUUCUUCAUGUAUAGAUGUAAUUCUCUUAUAGGUUUUGGUGGAGAAAUGAAUGACAUGUUAAGUGUUAGUGUACGUACUGUAGUUAGCAGUGGGGAAACGGUUUUAUGGACAAACUGUCAAAACAAAGCACUCCUGACGAACCACCUUUGACAUAUCAAGACAAACACAUGCUGCAGUAUACGCUCUAUAAUAGGUAUGUUUAUUAAAUGUCUUAAUAAAGUGUUCCAUUUCUACUUCCCACACCAGUAUUUUAAAACCGCUUGACACAUUGUCGCCAGUCAAUCAGCUUGAUUUUAGUUCUAACAUAAAUUGGCACCAUGACGUUAAUUGUGACAAAUAUUAACAAAGUAUGUGCACUGUCAGGAAAUAUGUACAGUUACAACCCACUGAGUUGUAGCUUUGUUGCUCCAUUAUGCCAUCUCUUCAGAAUUUGUGCCAUAUUAUUAGUUUUGCAAAUGAACCAAAACCAAACUCCUAUCUAAAGGCAUGCUCUCGGAGUGGAUCCCCUUUUAUAGUAAGAUUUAGGCUGAAAUGGUGCUUCAGAUUUAGUCUGAGAUCCAGUGUGAUGAAAAGGUAUUUUACUGCCUGUUUUGGAAAAGUAAGCACAUUCAUAAAAUUAAACUUACUCAGAAUGUGGUUGAGUGUGGAAAAAAAUAUCCUAAUCACGCAAAAAUUAGCUUCAAAUUAUACUGAAGAAAAAAUACAGAUAAUUAAAAAGGUGUUAAGAAAAUAAUAAUGUAUUCUUACCCCCAGAUUUUAAAAGUAUUUAAGCGCUUAGCUACAUAAAUUGAAUGCUCUUCAAUGUCACACAAAGAAUGUGCUCUGUACUGAUCUACACACAGUCUACAGUAUUUGCUGUCUCUUGGUGUUACUCUGAUUCAUUGAAGUUAAGUGGAACUGAAUUUGUCCAGCAGAUAGAAAAUUGGAUUUCAGUGUUAUCUUUGUAAUUCAAUUGUACUUUUGUUGUAUCUUGUACAUUCUCUGUAACCAUUUCUACCUCAUUUUGAAGACAUUGUACAUGGAAAUAUUUAUUUCAUGUAAUUUCACAUGCCAGUUAAGGAGCAAUGUUUCUAAUUCUUGACCUGUUAUAGUCUACCUCACUAAAGACUGUUGUGUCAUGGAAAUGAAGAUAUCAUACCAAAAAAAUCUGACUUUGUC